UCACAUGCAGUCUGCCCCGUUGUGCUGUGGUUUAGGCAGUGAUGCUGAGCAGCACGUAGCAGCUGCAUAACAACGUUGGCCAGUGUCAAUCCUGCACCUUACAGACUGUAUGCAAUCGGUGAUAACAUCUCCAGGCAUACCACAGUACCAAAGAACUUUGCCACGGUGUUGCAAAAUGUAAAUAUGGCUGUGAAAUCCCAUGGAAGACACCUGUAGACCGCUUGCAAUAGACCAGGUAAGUGGCCGGUCUGAAACACCCAGCCACUGUUGUCAUGGACGCCUGUGCCCGCAUUCAAGGAGUUCCUCUCAGGACUCGAGCGUCCAUCAGGAAGGAGACUGUGCGUGACAGUGGGCCUCAAUGUCUGAAGACUCUUUUGAGGAACAAGAAGGAGCUUUGCAAUGUAGGACUGGAGCUACAGACCAGAGACACACAUCGCCUGACAGAGAUCAAUUUUCUGUAUUUGCCAGGCCACUCUGAAGGCGAGGAUCUAACUCUACAGGCCCUGUCGUCUCUCCCGGGGGACCUGGCGGAGCUACUUAGGUCUCUCCAUGUCACCAGCCUCCGGAACGAAGAGGUGCUUCUACUAAAGGACAGCAGAAGACUAACUGACAGGAGGGAUUCUGCUACCCAGCAGCAAUGCUGGCUGAAGGCAGUUUGUGUUUUGAGGCAUAGCUUCAGCCCUAGCCAGGCCAUUGUUGGCAUGUUGGUGGGCCUGCUGGGGCGCUAUGCUACGGGGGUCCGUUACGCCUUGGAACUCCAGGCACUCCACAGGGGCACAGCUGAACCCUGUCAACCCGAGGACGAUGACACAAACCAGUCUGUGUCGUCCAUCGAAGAUGACUUUGUCACUGCUUUGGAACAUCUAGAGGAGGAAGAGAACUGUAGGUUCAUCACAACUAUAGGCAGAGGGAUGUUCAUCGAUAGCUCUUCACAUCUACGUGGAAACCAGCGUGACGUGGCCUCCCAAACAGUCCCCGGCCACAAGAGAGACAAGGACCUAUCAGGCUCCAGGAUUAUAAUCAGCUCCGCCCCCAGGAAGUCCUCAAUAAAUCGCAGGUCUCCCCCAGAGGUGUCUGUUACUGUACAGAGACCCAGAGGGGCAGAGUCCCAGUGGACUCUUUGCAGCCCUAGAGCCCGGCUCCCCUCUCCAACUCGUACAAUCAGCGAAUCAGAGUCGUCAGACUGCUCCAGCCCUAGUCCAAUCAUCUUCCUAGAUGAGGUUGGUUACCAGAAAAGUCUAAAAGCGACACUAGACAUCCCUCAGAUUCCUGGGGGGCCAACGGACAGGGUGGAGGACUCAGAUUCUGAGGUCAGCGAGUUCUUCGACAGCUUUGACCAGUUUGACGACUUGGAUGAGCUGAGCUCAGAGAGCUGUACCCUCACUCUGCCUCUAGACCAGACCUCUAUUACCACCACUGGCCUUGGUCAGAUGAAGCACUCUGAAGUAGUCAGUGGCAAGCCAGGGUCCAAGAAAGUGUCCCGAAGCUCUUCCACCAUGAACCCCCACCGGUUCGACCAACGCAGCCUCCCCGCUAAUGUGAAGAAACCAACCCCACUCAGAAGCCCCCUUCGCCCUUGCUCCCCCUAUGGAUCCCCUGACUCUCCCCGUCCGACCAGGAACUCCUGCGAGGAGAGUGGAGGUCAGUUGUUUAGCCCCGUCAGCUCCUCUGCCUUCAGCCCUCUGGGAGACGGAGGAGCUCUGGACUACUUCUGGAAGACUGAGAGUGAUGGAGAUGAGGCCGAGCUGCGUAAACCCCAGGACCUGUGUUCACUCUACAAGACUUACUCAGACUUCGCCAGCAGCCUGUCCAAGGAAAUCCUAGGCUCUGUGUGUGGCUACCAGUCUCCCGUAGACAUCAAUGACAACAAAAAUCUCAGCUGUGUUUGCCACAAAGAGUUCCAAAACCAAUCCGGCUACAUCAUGAAGCUUUCUGAGAUCCAGGAGACUGUUACUGUCUCCAAGAUGCAGCAGAAGCCCCAGUCUCUGAAAGAUGGCAUCCAGAGGUUUGCUACAGACCUGGUGGAAAUGAGCCUUGGCAGUGCCUUGAGGGACCUGCAGAAAGGAGUUUCCUCCUGCACCACCACCCUCUGCCACUUGGCGGCUAGGUUAACCUCUUCUGUCUUCCAGAUGGCCUUUCAGGAGAUUGGCAUGCGCCGUGCCUACGUUCUGAAGGAACGGGCCAUCAAUGGGCUGGCUGGUUUCCUGGUGGGAGAGGCAGUGUCAGGUGCUCUUAAGGACUUCCUGAAGGUGAAGAAGCAGAUGUUCAACAGCACAGUGACACAGUUUGCUGCUGAUUUGGCAGAGGAGCUGGUGUUUGAGGGGAUGAUGGAAGUUUGCCAGUUCUCUCACCCCUCCACCCCCAUCACACCCAGCGACUGGUCUUUUGGCAUCGGGGAGGAGGACGAUGAGGAGGUGGUGUCUUCCUAUGCUUCAGAUCUUUCGGAGUCUGUAAUCCAGGAGGCCUUCAUUGAACUGUCCCAGGCUGAUGUGGCCUUCACUACCCAGGCGGCUAUCAGUGUCUCUCUGGACAACAUCUGCUAUGUCAGUGCUGACGGGACAAACACUACUUGCAGUACCGCUGCCGGCCACCAGGCUUUCCAAGUUAGCAGCCCAGAAGAGCAAAGUCCUGAUCCAUCAGGGGAGUAUGGCUGUACCGUGAAGAAGGCUUUGUUCUGUGUGUCUGGGAUGGCCAGCUGUGUACCAGUCCCCCAGGCAGGCCAAGCCAUUUCCCACCGCCACAACUCAGAGGAGAUCUGCCAAUGCAAGUCUAGCCUUGCCCACACCUCCCAGACCAGUCCCAAGAGGAGCUGCAGCUCAGAAAGCACAGUUGUGACUACAGCUUCCUUUGAUGCUACUGCCGCCACACAGACUGACCUGUUGCCAAAGACCCCUUUUCAAAACUUUACUGGCAACAUGGUGGAUAUGAUAGUGAGUGAAGCAUGCGAGAUAUCUACCGCAAAGAUGAAGAAGAAGGUGGAGGACUAUGCAGACUUCUUUUCUAAAACCUUAGUGGGUCAGAGACCUCCAUCUGGACAGGAGGGUAUUGUCACUGACCAGACUUCCAUGUCCUCUCUCCGCUGUCCCUCUCAGACCCUAGGAAGAGCAGCCAGUGAGGCUGGCUCUAGGGUCAGCUGUGCAGUCUCUGAAACCCGGCAUGUGAUCAUGAAGGACACCCUUGAGGUACCAGCAUUUGAGAUUGGUGGGAGGGAAGGAAGGAAGCUGGUCACUGGUGACGAGGUGGUUACCAGUCCUGGUUGCAAGUCCAGCGGGACCCCUGGUACGCCCCCCUCCACCCCCCAGCAGCCCAGUGUGGUGUCCCAGGAGAAGCGGAUCAAGCAGUUCUCCAAGAAGCUCAAAGGCAAGCUGGCUAAGGAGUUCUCCCCUGCCACCCCUCCACCCACCCCCCACUACCUGCCAGAGCCUGAGCUCAAAGACUCCCCCUCUGAGACAGACAAGGCUGACUUCAUGCUUAAACUGAUGAGGUCUCUGUCUGAGGAGGCAGACGGGAAUGAGGAAGAUUAUGAAGAAGAGGAGGUUGGAGUAGAAGGAGGUAACUCUAAAGCUGAGACAGAACACUGCCUACGGUCUGAACACAACCUCUCGGUUGGAGGACACAAGCUGACAGACAAGGGAGCCCUCCAUUACGCCGAGCGACUGGCGUGUCACAUUGUCUCCUUGGCGACUGAAAUGGACACCCUGGGAGUGGGGGACGGAGGGAAGCGAGGGGAGGAGAGCGCCGACAGUGUGGCCCAGUUCUCAGAGCGGACCCUGAACACUCUGUGGAUCUACGCGGGCGAGGUGGCGGGAGAGGUGAUCAGUGACGUGAAGAAGAUGAUGGGCUCUAGACCGUGUCGUCACAGGGCGGUCAAACGGGGCAGCCAGGAGAGGGCCGGGGAAUGCCCUCACCACCACCACCCGCGGCCAAGUCAACACAGCCGGGAUUGCAGGGUGGGUCACCUGGCCGAACAGUGGUCCGGCGAUGCCCUGCACUCCGCCUCUAGCUCCGGCAUGUCGUCGGAGUACCCCAGUUGCGAGAGUGUGACUGAUGAAUAUGCUGGCUACCUCAUCAGGGUGUUGAAGAAAGAGGGAGGCAGCAGGGAGCUGAUCCUGGAUCAGUAUGCCAGUCGUCUUGCCUACCGCUCCAUCAAACUGGGCCUUGCCCAUGCUGCCCGCAACAUGAGGAAAAGACCCUCUUCUUCCCGGCACCAUGCCUCCAGGUGCCACCACAAUUAUGGCCUCAGGGGGCUCAACCCUGAGCUGUCCGUACCCAGGGAUGAUGCAGGGGGAGUGGAGUCACUUUCCAGCGACAAUGACGAUGGAAGUCAACGGGAGUAUACCGAGCUGGUAAACUUUGCAGAGUCACUGGCAUACAACAUCACCUGUGAUGUCACACGUAAACUCCGCAUGUCGUCCGUCCGACUGCCCAAGUCCUUGACCGACUCGUGUCUGUAUCAGAAGUCCAAGCUAGAGGACAUGGCAGAGAACCUGAUCAGGAACUCCUUUUCAUGCCCCCUUCUGGCCAGAGAGGGAAGAAGCAGACAGUACCACAGCACCAGCAGCCUGUACCAUGCAGACCACAACAAUGGAGUCAUGCAGGUCAUAGAGCACUAUGCCAGGAAGAUAGUGGACGACACGCUGAAGAUGGGCCUGGCCUCGGCUGGACACCAAACCCAGCAGGCCCCAGAGCGACACUCCCACUCUGACAGGCUGUCUGAGCGCGGAGCACAGGGGGAGUCAGCCUGCCGAUACUGUCAGGUCAGGGAGUGUCCGUUCUGCAUGCAGCCCAGUAGACCGCUCCUCAUCGAAGCAGGCCAGAGGAGGAGGAGGCCGGAUGGGGAGGUGGGCGCGUGUGGCCUGGAGAUCCCUGAGAUCCACAUAGAUUUGGAUCGCCGGGCCAUGUUCGCUGAUGAGAUGGUGACUACGGCGAUGGAGGGGGCCAAGCGUGAGCUGAGCAACACUAGCCUGAACGCAGACAGCGGGAUCGGACACGACGGACCCAGUUUUGCAGAGAGCCUGACCGCUGAGAUCAUGGUGUCGGCACUGUCCAACGUAUGCCAGACAGCCAACCUCAGCUCUCCAGGCAGGGAGGCGUCAGAAUCCACAGUGUCCCAUCAGCUCAGUCUGAGUGUGGGAGAUGACAGUCUGGGCAGCUGGUCCAACCUCAGCUUUGAGGACGAACACCCAGACGAGACCAGCAGCUUCCUGCACCUCAGUGACAGCAAUGGGAACAGCAGUAGCUGGAGUAGCCUGGGCUUAGAGGGGGAGGUGUACGACGAGCACCUGUCCUUUUCCCCCUCAGACAGCGACUGCACUGAAGACAAGGACUCAGAGACCAAGGAUGAAUCCUGCGUGCGUGCGGAUCGGGGACAGGGCCAGGCUCACAGGCUCCUCCUGGUGGUCAACUCGGAGCUCCGGGAGACGACCGCUGACCCACGCCAUGUGACCUUUGACCCCCAGCUCAGGAGCAUGCUGCAGUGGGUGGCGGCCUCCAUGGCUGACUUGACCGUAGUUCAGCUGGGUCCUAGUGGCAGCCGGGAGCUGGAGCAGCUGCCUGCGGUGAUCCAGAGGCUGAAGGAGAGGGAGUGGAGGGUGGGGGACCUGCUCCAAGCUCUGCUGCGUUACUGUGAGGAGACCCACGCGCCAUCCCAGGCUGAACCCAGAACGGAGGCGUCCCAGCCGGGCAGAGCACCCCAGCACACUCCCCUCUUCCAGUGGCUCCUGGAGCAUGUCUAGGCUGACUGCACUUUCUCUUAACCCACCCACCCCCCCCCCUCAACUCACCCCACCCUCUGUCCCCUAAGCUGCUUACUGUACAGUAUAUGUGUAAAGCCUACCCCCUGCCCAUGUUCAACUGAACCCUAUGAAGAUUCCCAUCACGCCUCAGUGAUGUGCUGCCAGACCUCCGUUCCCACACCAUGCCUCAUCACCGUAUCCUGGUUCAUGUCUUCACUACCCAGGAGGCACUAUGAAACAGCCUUUUCUUAAUACUAUCUGUUAUGAGUGUGUGCGCGUGUGGGGGCAUAUUGCAUGCCCUGACUGAAAGUAUGUGUUUUUUCCCCCUCCGUUCUCUUAUUCUGUCUUUUUUUAUUGUUAGGGCGCAUAUCACGAUUCCAUCAGUGUGCCUGUUGGCGACGCCUGCCUUUGUGUUAGAGCCCUGACACACUGGCUCCACCGAAGAGAAACCCGAAACCGUGUUACAAACGGACGGGUGGUGGCGAUUGAGGGUGGUGGGGGCUGAGAUGAGGAAGGAAAUCUGGGAUGGAAGUUCCGUUGGAGCGGAGUGGGGGACGGAGAUGGAGUGCUUUCUGUUAGGGAAUCCCCUCCGCUGCUGGCAGAUGAUGUCAUCACCUUAGUUCACCUCUGUGUUGGUGUUCCCAUACAUCCAGGGACCAGCUACACCCAAACACACACACACGUAUGUUGAUUCUAACCCAAUGAGAUUAACAGAGUUUCAGAUCAAAUGUACAGUAUUCCUCCUUUGAAAAGAUAAUUGUUUACAAAUUAUAAACAAUUACAAAUGCCAUAUGGGGCCUUUGAAAUAAUGGGUCAUAUUAAAUGGCUGUGUUUGUAACCUCAUCCCCAUGUUCUGUACAAAUCACACAGAAUUUACCUAGAUUUUGUUUACCAGCCAUUUAUUCUAAACGUUGUUGCUAAGAGAUCUUUUGAUUUUUUUUUAAGAUUUUAAUUUCUACCUGAAAAGCUGCUUAAUGAUAUGAAGGAAUCCUAGGGUGUCAGUCAGCUGACUUUCCGAACUGUCUUUGAGUAGAACUCCCAGUUGCGCUUUGUGUGUGGGCGCCUGUGCUGUCUGUGUGGUGGGCUUUUAUUCUGUGAAUUCCUGGCCUUCCACUGCUGAGAAGAUCCUGCUGUAAGGCACAAACCCAGUGGAGGCCCUUAUCAAUGUUCACCACAGCAAAGUCCAUCAAUCCCCAUCACACACACACACACACACACACACACACACACACAACAUUGCUAAUGAUAGGAAUGCACUUUGAAGGAAGAUGAGGUGAUUAUGGGCUUUUCCACUCCUUUGUAAAUUAUACUACAGCUGGGGGAUGUCUGAUUCAGUGUAUUCUCUUAGGGUUAACUUUACAGUUUCACAUACAUAGUUUGCCAACCACAGCAGCUCACACACACACACACACACACAUCCUAAUGUAAUCUCUGAUGUUAUUGUGACACUGUGAUUGUGUUUGGCAAUUGUGUUUGGCGAAUUUCAGAAAAUGUGAAGUAAUGGGGAUAUUGACCAUGCUGUGGCUACUAUACACUCCACAUUUUUUUUACCCCUAAUACUGAUUGGCUAAAUGCUGUGGUGUAUUAGACUGUAUAGCAUAGGUAUUACAAAUAAUUACUGUUGUAAUUGCGUUGGUAGCUGGUUUACAAUAGCAUAAAGGGUGUGUUGUACAUGGCCAGUAUUGCAUGGCUAACGGCUGAAUCCCGGCACUCCACAUUGUGUUUUGUCUAAGAAAAGCCUUUAGACAUGGUAUAUUGGCCAUGAUUAUUCCACACCCUCUCAAGCCUUAUUGCUGAUAUUUUCCAUGGUGUUGAAUGUUUGCAUGGCUGCUUCUGACAUCACUGUAAAAACAGAACCGAUUCUUGUUCUUUAACCUUUUGAGGAGUGAGGUCUGAAAACUUGCAGUAGUAUAUUACACAAUUUCACUGAAAUGCCUUCGCAUCCCUUUGUGUGGUAUACUCAGUUGCAAUCUGUAACAGUAUUUUAAACAAAACCAAAAACUUACUCCUUAAACUGUUAAAUGCUUCAGUUCUGCACUGUACUGCAUUAUCGCUUCACCAUCAGCAGAGCCUGUCUCUGUGUUUAGUAGCUGCAUGGCUUGAUUCUAAUGCUCUUCACUUAUGUGUUUCUUUCAGUGAAUGAGCUCCAAUUACACUGCCGUUGUGUUAUAGCCACAGUUAAAACUGCGGACUGUGUAGCUGUGUACAGUAGGCCACUGCACUGCUGAUGCCUGGUUCUCCGUGCUGCCAAAUGUUUUUGGUCCGUGUGAAAUCUGAAGAAAAUGUUUCACCUGCAUUGUUUUUUUGUUUUUUUAUCUUAAUGUAUUUGAACACUCUUAAAGAAACGUGUACUUUUAAAGUUGUAUUAAGAAAUGAAACAUUCCCAAAAUGUCUAGGGGGAAAUUGGGUGUAAAUAUGAGAAGAUGGGGGGGUAAUCAAGGCAGAAUGUAUGAAGAGAGAAUGAGACCGUAUCUACCCCACUAGGCAACACUAUAACAACACAGUAUCUGGAGUCUCAGAUGUUUGAGAUGUGAUUGUAAACACAGAAAUAUGAGAUUCCUCCUGUAUCUGUCACUGUAUUUAGGAUGCCUGUACAUUCCUAUGCUUUCGUGUACCGGCCACCUGGCUAGCCACAUGCCGCUGGAAAUCGUCAUUUAACCCUGAAUGUGCGCCUACUGAGAAAUGGUUCCAUAGCUUUUUAGAUGUGCUUUCAGUUAUAACUUUCGUUACUAUUGUUAUUGCAGUGCUGCUAUCAUCUUUUGCACUGCAGAAGGCGACUUGUGUUUACUGACUCCUGUAUUUUUUCUUUGUUUACUCCUGUCAAAUAAGAUAUUUAAUUAUAAUUUAUUAAGUUAUAACAGUGUGUACACUACUACUUGGCCCCCUCUAGUGACAUCGCUAAAUAUUUCACGCGUUCUAUGCUUGAUGUCGAGGCACUAUAUUUGUCAUUGUUUAAGUUGUGUGUGACAAUAAAGCUUUUUCAUGUGCUCUGGUA